GUUUAAAGAGCGCAACUGCGAGUAUAUGCUUCGCAACGUAUCUUAGCGACCAAUCCCAAACAUGCGGGUCAUCGACUAGUUUAUUGUUACCUGGGUUACCUAGACGCAGCAACAUAUCGCUUCAUUAUUUUCGCCUAAAAUUUUAAGUUUCCAGCGGGGGAUUUCUAUUUUUAAAAAACAUGGUGAGUAAGAAUGAGAUAAAAACAGCUGGGGCUAAGUCAGGAAAACCGGCCAAAGGGAGCAAAGGUAAAAAGACCGGGAAGAAAAAUGUAUCUCACCGCAGCGCUUUACUGUUGGACGGACUACCAGUAUCUGAGAUGUCAAGAGAUCAACUUCUUAAUCAUUUAACUCGACUUCUUGACCAGCUGGAAAAAGAACGUGAAGAACGUAAUUUUUUUCAACUAGAGCGCGAUCAAAUUUAUGGUUUUUGGAAAGUCGCAAAGGAAGAAGUCGAAGAUGUACGGGCUCGCCUCAGAAAUAAAGAAAAGGAAUUAGACGACGCUGAAGAAAUAAGACAAAAAGACAUAUCGAUCUAUAAGCAGCAAAUAAAAUGUCUUCUUCAUGAACAUCAGACAACUGUAGCUGAAGCGCGGAACGAACAACAAACAGCUUUGGAGCUAGCUCAUUUAGAACAUCAAGAUCAAGAGCAAAUACUGCGUUUAGAACAACAGCGUUUGAAAGAGGAAAUCCGUCAUCUAAGUCUUCAAGAGCAGCUUACAGUUGACAAUAUCAAAAUGGAACACUCACAAGAAUUGAGUGAGAUGCGUAAAAACUUAGAGCAGGAAGCUAGACAACUUGAAAUCAAGUACCAAAAUCAGAUGGAUGCCCUGAGGAACGAUCUAGAAAAACGGAGGAGAAACGACUUACAAAAUAUUGAUACAAAAGAUCAGCAACAUUUAGCUGCACUAAAAGCUAAUCACGAACAGGCAGUAAUUAAUUUAAAGAAUUAUUUUAACGACAUUAUUCUCAACAACAUGACCUUGAUCACGUCUAUGAAAGAACAAUUAUCAGAAUUCCGGAUUAAAGAAGAAAGGUUGGAAAAGCAAUUUCACAGGACUAGCAAGGAGAUAAAGCAUCUAAGGGAGAAAUGCGAACAGCUGGAAAAAAUAAAUAAAGAGUUACGGAAAGAUACAGAGAACUGGUUACAUGCUAAAACUUCCCUACAAGCAGCAAAAAGUCACCACAAAACGAUGUCCAAACAGCUUGAAGAAGCUGUAUGGCAACGUGAAGUGGCCGAGCAACGUCUAGCGCGAACAAAAACCGAACGGGACGAGUUAGAAGAAAACUUCAUGGCUGCUAUCUUGGAGGUGCAACAGAAAGCAAAUCUAAAACAGCUUGUUCUGGAAAAGAAAAUGGAAACAUUACAAGAAUCUCUUAAAUUUAAAGACAUUGCAUUGAAACAAUUUACCUUAAAUGGAUCUGGCUUGAACUUGGAUGCAGGAACAAAUUCAUCUGGAGAGACAAUUUCAUGCUCUUUGAGAGAGGGGAGACAACAAACAGUGGUUAAAAUGAACUUUGAAGCAGGACAUCAUGAAGGAAUGCCAGACAAAUCUUUCCAGUCCUCCAAUGAGAGCAUACCUGCCAUUGAAGAAAAAUUAAGCCUACAGUCUAGUUCAAUCAAAUCAAUUCUAGAUACAUCAAAAUCUAAGUCAGCAGUCUUGGACGUCAAAGAUGUGUUGUAA